AUGUCUAACUACUUGCAGAGCUGGUUUAUCCAACCAUGUCUCGUCAAGGGACUUGAGAAUGGAAACUGUACCCUCACAGCCAUAUCCGAGUGCAUGUGCACCAACAUCACUGUUCAAGCCGAGCUUUCAGAAUGCGUGCAACUCUCCUGUCCGUUCAAAGACCAAGCUGUUGCCUCCACAUUAUCGAAUCAAAUAUGCGUCGGGUAUCCCAUCGAGUCACGAGCACAACAGGUCAAGGCCGCUGCUAUCGCCUGUGCAGCAGUGACAUUUCCCAUCGUCAUCCUACGAUGCGUUGCGCGACUCAUGGUGACCAAGAGGCUAUGGUGGGACGACUGGACAGCCCUUGUAGCAACGACCCAAAACACAGACCUCGGAUUCGGUCUUCAUUUUUGGAACGUCGAUGUCGCAAACGCCAAAACCAUCUUUCAGAUAUUCUACGCGACCCAGAUACUGUACAUUCUAAUCCAAGUCUCGGCCAAAGCAUCCCUACUCGCCUUCUACUCACGAGUAUUCACGAGUCGCACCUUUCGAAUCGCUGUCUGGUCAGCAGCCGCCUUCCUCAUCGGCCACGGCGUCAUCUUCUUGGGUUUGGUCAUAUUCCAGUGCACCCCUAUCGCUUCAGUCUGGAACCGGAAUAUCGAGGCUAAAUGUCUGAAUCUUACCGCCAUCGGUUACGCUGGUGCUGUCUUUAGUAUUGUUGAGGAUAUUGCCAUCCUCAUACUGCCGAUUCCCGAAUUGUUGAAGCUACAGCUUGGGGGACGGAAGAAGGCAGCCUUGUUGUUCAUGUUCAGCAUAGGGUCCUUUGCCUGCGUCACAUCGAUGGUGCGUUUAAAGUAUCUGGUCAGCUUUGCCAGCACCCUCGAUGCCACUUGGGACAAUGUCUAUGUCGUUAUCUGGUCCAUGAUUGAACUAUCUUGCGCCUUAAUCUGCGCUAGUCUCCCGGCACUACGGCCUCUAAUACAAAUGCUGCCAGGAGUUUUAAGCACAGCCAGGGGAUCUUCGGUCAAGCACACGACAGAUACCAGUCGACGAAAUGUGAAUACUCAUCCCAGAGUUUCCGCACGGACAGAAAAUCCUCAGAGAAUCAAGGGAGAGAUGAGCAACCAUGGAAAGGUGGGGGAUGCAUACCUGGAUAUCGAGCCUAGUAGUAGGGGCGGGAGCUAUGAGUUGGAGACAGUUGCAAGCGAGAGGCGGAUGGUUUAA